AUGAGACGCGGGACUGUUGCAUUGAAAUCCAUCAUCGACUCCCUCGGCAUUUAUGCCAUCGAAGAAUGUCUGCUGAAGGAGUUGCCCGGCCUGUUCAAGCCAGAGACCGUGUACGAGUUGAAUGCGUCCACCGUCACCAAGAUUGCCGGAGAGUCUGUCGAGCUGCUUGCCGAACGCGAAGAUCUCAACAAGAAGUUGCGAAUUCUGCAGAUGACAAUGACCACUUUACGACGCAUGAAGACAUUUACUGAUCCAGGUGAGUAUAAUCUUUAA